AUGAAAAUCAACAUUCAUAUCGACAUCUUAAGCUUCGAUCAUGCUGAAAAACUUCAUCCCUUAAACUAUUUACUUCAAUCAUCAGACAAGCUUAUUUGCUACUGUCAAUCAUUCUUCUCCGGAAUGGAAUGUAAGAUGAUCAUUACCAGGAUUUACUUCAUUAAUGAAGUUUUAAGAAAUAUUGAAUUAAAUGUCUAA